AUGGCGGACGACAGUCAGUUCACUCUCCGGUCGGAAAACAAACGGAAGUACGAGGAACCGGGUGCUGCCGUGGCCUCUGCCGGCGCUGUUCCUUCCUCGCGCCGCGUCAGUGGUUUCUCAUCGCCCCCAUCUGACUCGCACCCCGCCGCAUCUACCACUCCACCCUCGUACAACAAUGUCCCUCCCCCGCCCGAUGGGAUCCAGCUCGCAAAGCAGAGAGCACAGGAGAUUGCAGCGCGGCUUCUUAUCGAUGCCGAGGCCAAACGCCCGCGCACCGAGAACGGCGGAUCCGGGGAAGACGUUGGCGAGAAAGGUCCCGUCCUUCUUCGACUGAUUAAUGUUUACACCUCUAUUUACUUUAAUAUAUUGCAGCGAAAUGCCUUACUUCCGAGUUUUAUUGGAUUCUGGCUGGUAUUCUCGUUCGAAGUCCCCUUGUGAACCACGACAAAGAGUGCGGUUGAAAUUCGGCUUGAACGUUUCCAUUGCUCCAUUAUUUUUCCUUUUUCCGUUGACAAUUAGACCUAGUAUUGCAUUCUUUGUAUCUUGCUGUUGCAAUACGAUACGGGCACAGUAACCGAUGAAUUUAUGCCGCGAGUUGUUUUCCUUCACUAUAGUUUUGCCGCACUGGGGAUAGUUGACCGAAUGAUUAGACAGUGACAAUAUGUCUUAAUCUGUAUCCAGGUUUUCUGCGUGAGCUUCACGUGUCCAUGUCUUUCCCCACUGUAUUGAAGAUAAUCCUAUCAAGAAUCUGCGAACUUUGGUGUGUUCGAUGAAAAGUUUUUCGUCCUCACUGUAUCAUUGUUUAUAUAUUUUUAUAAUCACCAUAAACUCCUAUUCUCAUAUCACCGUUAAAUCGCAGGACCAUAAAUUGGUCUAAUUUACGUUUCAUAUAUACUGCAUUAGUUACGUCUCACAGCAGUAAUGUAUUCACUUGUAGUGAAUUUAUAUGAUUUUUCUUGCAUAAAAGUUCAUCUCGUUGUUUGGUUAUGAAAAAUUAUCAUCGUAAAAGAGUGCAGACUUUAACUAUCUGAAUUUUAUUUUUAAUAUCAAACUCGUUUCAACUAAACCUUUGUCCUCGUUGAUCAAAAUUUUCAGUCUCAUCAUAUUUCUUCAUUUCUAUUGACUGCAGAUCAGUUUCACAAGCCCAUGACUCAACCACUAACAAGUUCGCUUGCCAGUACGAAUGCACCCACAUCGUUUGCGUCGUAUGGCUAUCCGGGUACAAGCAAAAAGAUUGAAAUCCCCAAUGGAAGGGUAUUGCAUUAUCUUCUUGACAAUGGCUGAUCCAUAUUUGUUGUUUUUAUAUGUGUUUAACUACGAGGGUUUAUUAUUUAGGUUGGUGUUAUUAUUGGUAAAAGUGGAGAAACGAUAAAAUAUCUCCAACUUCAGUCAGGAGCAAAGAUCCAGGUGACCAGGGAUGCAGAGGUGGAUCCUAGUUCCCAGACAAGGAUGGUCGAACUGAUGGGUACUACUGAGCAAGUCAACAAGGCGGAGCAGUUAAUUAAUGAUGUUCUUAAAGAGGUGUGGCCCAGUUGUAGCUCGGUUUUUCGUUUAAUAAUCCCUUGGCACGCAGAGGUAGUUGUAUCGAAUACAGAUGGUUUUCUGAGAGGUUACUACUUGUAACCUAAGGUAGUAUGAUCGUCAUUUUUUCUUUCGACUGACAAACUGUAAGUGAAGGAUUAUUCCAUGCAUGAUAUGCUUGACUUAUGUUUCUAACUACUCAUGAUGUAUUUUAUUACUUCAACAGGCAGAAGCUGGGGGUUCUGGCAUAAUUUCUGCGAGAAAGUUUGGUGGUGUUCAAGUUGGGGCUGAGCAGUUUAUUAUGAAAGUCCCGAAUAACAAGGUUAGUGUCUUAGAGGAACCAUUUUGUUCCCUUUCUCUCUGUUUAACUUAUUUACUAAAUUUCUCUUUGAUGUCUUAGGUUGGUCUAGUAAUUGGCAAAGGUGGAGAAACGAUAAAGAGCAUGCAAGCGAAAUCAGGUGCUCGGAUCCAGGUAUAUUUUUUGCGUGAUAGACAAUUGCACGGUGGCUUUGAUAAUCACGUCAUCCAUUGUACGUACUGCAUGCCUUUUCCACUGCUAAAAUUAUCCUCAUGGUGAGAACUUUCCGUGAUUCUCAGCGUUUGUCAGUUAGUCUUCAUAAGCUCGUAUCCAAUUUUGAUAACUUUUUAAUAUCAUUUUCCCUUAUCUAUUCAUGCUCUUGUUGAGAAAAGCUGUCUUGAAAUCUGAAUGUCUGCCUCUACUGAAAAUUGUGCUAAUUAAUGCGACCCAUGUCUACAACAUAAUAGUCAGGUUAGGUGCGUUAUAGGGCAUGGGCUAAACAUUGACAGCUUCACCUUGGUGGUCAGUUCUGUUUUUAUGCAGGAUAGAAUUUAACUUGAAAAGAGUUUUGUAAUUCUUUUUCAGGUACCAAAAACAGUUACCUUUCCUUGAAAAGGUUUACUUCAUUGUUUUACCUUUAGAACUCUCGAUUUGGAUGGUCAAAUGACACCAGUUUUUGCCUCACUGUCUGUCCAUUGAGACUUUCUCAAUUGGGCUUUCUCAUGUUGAAUGUUUUUAGGAUCUAUUCGUGAUGUUUUCCUCCUGGUCAUCAUACAAUCCAUUAUUAUGACCACGAUUUGAAACCUGUAUUUCCCAAGUGAUUUUCUUCACUUGGGAGUUAUGGGCUUUCGCUUAAACUGCUACUUCUCUGUGAAUGCUUUCUUGGUCGCCUUCCCCUCCUGUCUGGUGGCCCUAAAGGGAUGUUGUGUUCGGUGACAUUGAACUAGUACUCGUGGUCUGUUGUAAACCCGUGUUAUGGCUGGAUGUGUUUUGACUGCUAAAUGCACAUUCUGAUAAUCACACCUAUACUAUAUUCAAGUAGUCAUCAUUUGGUAAUUUUUCAUUUCAACUGCCCUAAAAAUGAUAUUGUUGAUUUAUUUCGAAUAUCCUGUAGCUGCUGAUAUGAAGCCAUCUGAUACCUUUCGGUAAAUUAUGGCAAUUAGCUGAUUAUCUAAUAUAUUCAGAUUUUAUAGUAAUUCCAUAUCAGUCGGUUUGCUGUUUAUGCAUUUAUUUUCUGAUAUUCUGAAUUUGGCUAACUGUUAGGUGGACUUAAAUCUCUGGCUGAGUUGUUUCCAAUUUGCUCUAAGUUAGUGAAUGAUACAAUAUUGUUUUUAAUUCUUAUUCAUGUUUUGAUCAGGUGGGCAAUGAUUGUUUAGAAGGCAUACAUAUGACUCUUAGUUUUAAUGCUUUUAAAAAUCUGUAUAAACUCUUUUUGAUGUAUUCAUCUAUUUUGAUAUGAUGUUAUUCAUUCAUUCACUGUCCUUGGUGCGUUUUUUAUUGCCUGUAAUUUGUUUCAUGUGCGUUAAUUCAACAGUAACUUAUCUUCUUUUGGUCAGAUAAUACCAUUGCAUUUGCCUCCUGGUGAUACAUCAAUAGAACGGACGGUUCAGAUUGAUGGUACUAGUGAACAGAUCGAGUCGGCAAAACAAUUGGUUAACGAAGUCAUCAGUGAGGUACAUAUUGGUGGUCACCUUGCGCUGUGCUUUAAUCUAGUAUGUUUGCUGCUUUUUUGGCAGAUAAACUCAGUGUUGCUGUUUGUAUGUGCUACAAUUUUUUUGGGGGUUAUUUUACUAUUCAAAUUCAGGAAAUAUUUUUAGUAUAUCAAAAUUAAAUCGUUAACAAUUAGCACUCAUCACCAUUCUUAAUUUGUCAAUGUUGUUUUCGAAAUAACUCUUUUUUCAUGCUUGCGAUCAUUUGUUUUUUCGGGUAGUCUACUUAUUAAAUUUAGAUUCCCAAGCCUUAUAGUGUGUGGUUUUUUAUGUGUACAUACUUGAACGUGUAAUUAUGGGAUAGUCAUUUGAAUUUGUUGUCUCGUAGAACUGUCGCUCUUGGGCCACUGUAAUGAGACAUUCUUAGUUUUCUUUUAUAGGUUAUAUUUUCAGCAUUGCUAGACUACCAAUUUCGGUUUUAUUUUUUAGUGCAUCUGAGGUAAUCACUUUAUGUGGAUACGAUUUCUUGUCGAUGCUUUGAAUGAAUCUUGGGUCGUUGAGAAAUUUGGACUUCAUUUUAUACCAUCUCAAUGUUUUUAUGCGAUGUUGAUAUAAUUUAUGUUUUAAAAUGAAGUUUUUAGGAAAUCCGUUUAAUAUGUUGCAGAAAGUUCUACCUGGAGAGUUUAGCUGACUCAUUAGGCUGUCAAUACAAUGUUCUCUAUUUAAAGAGAUCCUCAAAUCCUUCUGUCAUGCAUAUUUUAUGACUUUUUAUCUAUUGGUUACAUUACUGGAUCUUGCAACUUUAGUUUCAUAGAUAUUCAAGUGCAUAUGGAUAUUGCGAUUAAAGCUGUCAAUUUACUGUUGAGGUGAUAAGCUUGCAGGAUGCUGGAAUUUCUAAAAUUGCUGGGCAAUCUGGUUUAUUAUGUCGGAGGAGAGUUGGGUUUUGGUCAGUCUGUUCUUUAGUAUCUAUGGAUUGAAACAUAGCUCUAAUUCUUGUACAGGAAUUGUGGAACAUUAGUUUUUAUUUUUUCGGAAUUUUCUAUUUAAGUAUCCCAUUGUUUUCAGGAGAUGUUUAUCCUAUCUCUUUUCACAUAUUUGAAUCAAGCUGCUAGCUGUUCUUAGUAGAAUCUAAUGGAUUUUGGAAUUAUAGGCUUAGCCGAUGGAAAUGCUAUACUGAUUGUGAGCUUCACGACUCAAAUUAUUAUUGGAAAUUAUUGUAGGAUUAGCUCUUGAUGAUAACUACUCAGUGCAGAUUAUAGACUCAGGUUGUUGAUGUUUCUGGGCUUGGCACUGGUAUGCGGUCUUAACCCACAAUCCUGAUAACUGUUGAUUAAUUUGCAAUGGGGAAACCUAAAAGAAUAUUCUUGUUGACGGGUCAUCUUUUGGACUUCUGAUUUUUCAAUCUGCAAAGCCUAAAAUGAUUCGUUAGGUUGACUGAAUUUAGUUAGAAUUGGCAUCUUAUAUAUCAUCGCCGUUUUACAUGGUACCGUCUGUUAUGUAAAUAUAGAUGUUGCGGAUAAAUAGAUCUGGUUAAUGCAACAUGCAGGUCUUUUUUUUGCAUGACACAUGUGCGUUAUAUAUUUCUUAUUUUUUGGGAUUUUUUGUGUGUUCUAUUCAUGUCCUUUAUCAGGGAAACCUAAAUGUCACGGAUGGUAACGUUUUUUAAUGGUUGCUAACUCCAUCCUCAUUUAUUCUGAUUUCUUAGUAUGGAAACUCGUUUCUAACUCGAUAAAUGUUUGAGUAUGAAGCUAUUCAUUUGCCAUGCUUGAAUGUUUUUGGUUAUAUCCUGUUUUAAUCACUUUUAUAUUUUAUAUUGGUUUUUGCACUAAGUGAUUGGAUAGAAAGAAUUUAGUUAUUAUUUUUUCUGCAGUAAGUAUCCAUGGUGGAAUCCUCAUGGGGAACUGUCUAGAGCUUGUCUGAAGAGGCUUUGAUUUUUUAAGGUCUCAGAUGAUUUAGAUCUCCUGACUAUCUAUCUACAGAUCUGGUUGGAGCAUCAUUUUAUUCUAAAAUAUUUUCAUUGAUCAUGCUUCUCUAAAAAUAUGAAUAAUCUGUCAGUUCUGACUUGGCAGGUUCAUUCUAGGUUUUAGAUUUUAGUCAAUGAUCUGCACCUUAUUCAUGGGGCUUCUAAGUCUCCUUGAUAUAUGCCGUACGUUGUAAUAUCUUCUUAUAUGGUUGAUACAGGUUUAAUGGGGUCACGUGCUAAUGGAAAACUUUCAAUAGCGUUUUAUUUUUCUCCCUAUUAUUUUAAUUGUUUUAAGUUCUCGAAGAUUCUCUGCCUUGUAAGUCAUUAAUUUGUCAUUUUCUGUGGCUAUCAGUCCCCUGAAACUGUAGUGUCUCAUCCACUGUUCUUUAACUCCUGAAUCAUCGUUUUUCUUGUCCCUUGAUGCCCAUGCGUCAUGGUUCAUGCUGCUAGGAAACAUCUCGUGCGUUAAUAUGAUGUUUUCUCAUUCAAUUUUUUCCCUGUAGUGUGCCAAGUGGUCCUGUUUUUGACCUCACGUGAGAUAGGCGUUGAUAGUUUUGAAUUCUUGCACUUGGAAUGUUUGGCAGUAGCGCUGAUAAGCACACGUUGUUCAAUGGUAUAGCUUUAGCAGCUUUCUGCUUAUCCCUCGCUCAGUCUGACGCUAACAAGAUGGUUGCAAUAUUAUGCACUUUAUUAUGAAAAUGUUGGAUACUUUCUAGUGUGGCACUUGUCAAACAUGUCUCUCUAGAUUUUCAACUCGUAGUAAGUCCCCCAAUUUUUUCGAGCUAAGAGGAGGAUUGGCAUCUGCUGAUAUUGCCUGAAACAUGUCCUCCAGUUGGGGUAAGUAGGGUUUUUCUUCUUUCAAUGGGUGUGAUUGAAUGUAAAUUGAUUUUUUAAUCAUUUUUAUGCUUAUUUUUGCUACUUUCUAAUUCCCGAAUCACACUCUUCAUGUUUAAUUCCAGUUUUUUCACCACUUCGUAGUAGAGACUACACUGGUAUAUAUGAAUUAAUUUAAUAUUUUCAGAAUCGGAUGAGAAAUCCACCUGUUGGUGGGGGCUACCCUCAGCAAGGAUAUGGCCAGCCACGACCUCCAACCAAUUGGGCCCCGCCUGGUCCUCCCCCAAUGCAGCCACCUGCCUAUGGGUACAUGCAAACGGGAGCCUACCCUGGCCCACCCCCGCAGUAUAACAUGUCUCAACCACCGUAUGCAGGGUAUCCACCACCUUCAUCUGUUGGCUACUCUGGUGGUUGGGACCAGUCUUCCAACACUCCCGGUCAACAGGCCAUGGCUGGCACAGGCUAUGAUUACUACAACCAGCAACAGCCACAGCAUCAGCAGCAGCAGCCGCCACCUCCUGUUGCAGGUUCCUCUGCUCCUGAUGGUAGUGGGUACAACUAUAGCCAGCCUCCGCCCGCCUAUUCCCAGGACCCAUAUGGCGAAUCAACAUUCUCACAGCCAUCUGCAGUCCAGCCUCAAGGUUACAGUCAAGAUGGCUACAGCUCUGGCGGCUACCCUACUGGGCCGCAAACUGGGUACAUGCAUCCUCCGAGCUCUCAACCAGUCUACGAUCAGCAACAGAGCUACGGGCCAUCCACGGGCUAUGGUGCGACAGGCCAAGAUGGGUCUUCUGCACCGGUCUAUGGGACGCAGCCCAGCUCCGCUCAAGGGCCUCCCCCGCAACUUCCUCCUGUCCAGCCGCCCCCUGUUUCUCAGCAAGGUUACACCAGUCAGCAACCGAGUAGCGCAGUAGCAAGCUAUCCUCAUCAGGGAUCCAGCCAGCCCGGAUAUGGAAUGCCCCCAACCUCCCAACCAGGGUACGGAAAUCAGCCCCCUCCUGCAGGAUAUGGACAGGGAGCCCCUCUUCCACAGCCUGGCUAUGUGCAGCAGCCACCGCCACAGAAGGCUCCGCCUGCCCAACCUGUUUAUGGACAAGGUCAGCCAGGCCCCAGCGCUCCAGGAUAUGGCCAGCCAAGUCAAGUUCAACCAGGUUAUAGUCAGCCUCCAGUUGCACAAUCUGGCUACAUUCAGCAGGAUUCCGCUCAUCAUCGGAUCCCUCCUUCAGGUUUCGGCUCUGGAGGUCCCCAGCCUGGAUACGGGCAGCCGCAGUCUUAUAAUGGUGUCCCUCAAGGUCAACAAGGUUAUCCCCAGCAACAGUCGCAACCGUACGACUCGUAUGGUGGCGGGGGCUAUUCACAGCCGCCUCCUGCAUAUUCUGGCGAUAGCUCGGUGGGAGGGAGUACCCAUGGGUCGUUUGACCCAGCUGCUUCUCAAGGGGGUCCGGGUGGAGUAACCAAGGCACCACAGAGUUGA